CAAUUACGUUAUGGGCAUGUCGCGUGCGCUAAUGGCGGUUGCGCUGUCCGGUUCGGUUUUUGUGUAUAUUGUUAUGAGUAUGGCGGCGGAUACUUACGGAGGACGUCAACUUGUUAGAAAUGUUCAGUUCAACUGAAGAAAGCUUUAAUUCAAACUUUUUUUGUAAUCGAUAGCGUUUCGACGCGACACGUUUGUUGGACUUCAGAAGAUUACUGGACAGGUGAUGAGAGAGUGUAGCUAAACUUGUCUCCGUUUUUCCGAAGUCUGCUGUCAGUCAGCUAACUACCUAGUCUUCCUAUGUAAAGUCUUUCCGACUCGGCUAACGUGAACUUUUUACAAUGAGGACAGUUUAUUAUCUACUUGUUUUGAGUUGCUUGUCAAAAAAUAACACAAGUUUACCUGAAGUAACACCAUAGAACCGUUCCAGAGCUAGUUGAUCACGACUUUUCACCCGAAGAGGCCCGACUACUAUUCCAGCUAAAUGACAAGUUCUUAGCGCGUUAGCAUAACUAGCCAUAUAGCUAGCUAGUUUUUAUAACAGUGUUAUUGCACAAGGCCUGUCCAGCUCUACUUACCUCUACAAUAGUCGUUUUAAGGCGUGUCUUUGAACCUGUUUGGAACAUUAUGCUUCACGAUUAGAAGGAUUUGUUGCUGUUUGGGGCCCUGAAAGUAAAUAUUAGCCUGUUAGCCUUCCUAAGUUGGGAGUGGCUAGAGGUUGCAUUAGCUAGUUAGACAUUUAGCUAGCAAACAACCUCAGAUACACACUCUCUUUAGCACCCGUCCAUAGUGAGUAUGAUAAACAACUUAAUGUUAACUCAGCCUCUAUGGGGGAAAAAACACUUAUUGAUGACAUAUUAAACCACGGUCAAAUUGUCAACGGGUGUGUUUCAAUGGCUAGCGGUAUCAUCAGCAGGCACAGUGAUAGGAAACCGCGCAAUGGUCAGAUUGUGUAAUAUAGCUAUCUGGAUUUAUCCGAUGGGCUAAAGAUUAGCUGCCUGCCGCUAACUUGCGCGGCAUAAUAUAGCUUCUCUCGCUAUACAUGUUGAUGGACGUGGGAAAAUAUUUUCUAGAUUACUACUGUUGCUAUCGUCAAAUGGUUUUGGCUGUACUGUAUUGUGGCCUGUACGUAGUCGUAUUGAGUCAUUCACUGGACGUAAUGUAGCUCUGUAGAAAGAGACCAUACAUAUAUGUUUAUUUAGUAAUUUUUACAUUAAUACAGGAGGUUUUACGUGUCUCUUUGAAUCAAAAGAAGAAAAAACGUCCAAAUAAAUGGCUAGCUAGCAGUACCUAACUUAAACAAAGAAGAGCCAGACAGCGAAUAGCCAGGUUACAUGGUUUUUAACACAACAGCCGAGGUUUGAAGACUGAAGUUAGUCAAUCUGGAUCAAGAAAUCUUGUCUUUCGUCGCUGAUUGGAGUAACACUCCCAAGCCAUCAUCAAUGCCUUCAGCGCUGGCCAUCUUCUCCUGCCGUCCGAAUUCACACCCUUUUCAGGAACGUCAUGUCUACCUGGACGAGCCGGUCAAGAUCGGGCGCUCUGUGGCACGAUGCCGACCCGCUCAGAACAACGCGACGUUCGACUGCAAGGUUCUGUCACGGAACCAUGCCCUGGUCUGGUUUGAUCACAAGACUGGCAAGUUCUACCUGCAGGACACUAAGAGUAGUAACGGGACGUUCAUCAACAGCCAGCGUCUGAGCCGGGGGUCCGAGGAGAGUCCUCCCUGUGAGGUCCUCUCUGGUGACUUCAUCCAGUUCGGUGUGGACGUCACAGAGAACACCCGUAAAGUCACCCAUGGCUGCAUAGUGUCUACAAUCAAGCUGUUUCUGCCGGACGGCUCGGAGGCACGACGACGAUCAGAUGUCAUCCAAGCACCUUUACCACUUCCUGUUGAUAAGGUUGCGGCCAACACCCCCAUUAUGUACUCUCAGGAACUCUUCCAGCUCUCCCAGUAUCUGCAGGAGGCCCUACACAGAGAGCAGAUGUUGGAGCAGAAGUUGGCAACGCUGCAGUGCCUACUGGCCACCACGCAGGAGGCUUCAGAGAGCAGCUGGCAGGCUCUGAUAGAUGAGGACCGGCUUCUCUCCAGACUAGAGGUGAUGGGCAACCAGCUACAGUCCUACUCUAAAAACCAAAUGGAGGAUGGGAUGCGUAACGAGCUGGUAACUCUGCAGGAAGACAAACACAACUAUGAGAUUACUGCCAAAGAGUCCCUGAGGAGGGUCCUACAGGAGAAGAUAGAGGUGGCUAGGAAGCUGUCAGAGGUUGAGAGAUCUCUCAGUAACACGGAGGAUGAGUGUUCCCACCUGAAGGAGAUGAAGGAGAGGAACCAUGAGGAGCUCAGAGAACUGGCUAAUAAAUACAACGGAGCCAUCAACGAGAUCAAGGACCUCACUGACAAGAUAAAGCUGGCGGAGGGUCGUCGGGAGGAGUUGAAUCAGAAGGGUCAGCUGGAGAAGAAGGAACUCCAGCUCUGUAUUGAUGAGCUGGAGGAGAAGGAGCAGGCUCUGCAGGCCCGUAUCGAGGCCUUACAGGCUGAUAACGACUUCUCUAACGAACGCCUCACUGCCCUGCAAGAGGUGAUAGAUGCCCACCUGCAGAACAGCCAGACAGCAGCAGGAGACCGCCUUGCCAAUCCUGACAGACUCAAAGAAAACCAACUGGAUGCUAAAGACUCUGAAAUGUCAGAUACACUGAGCCCCAGCAAGGACCGCAGCAGUGACGACACGUCGGAUGGAAACAUGGAUGAUCAUGAGCUGAACGAGCCACAGAACAGGGUCGCCCUGCUCAAAGAUGAGCUGCGGAUGGCCAGCCUGGAGCCUGGGGACAGAGAGCAGGUGAUUCACCACCUCCACAAACAGCUGCUGGAGACCCAGGAGUUGGCCAACACAGGCAAGCAGAAGUGUCUGGAGCUCCAGGCCUUACUGGAAGAGGAGAGGAGGAGUAACAGGCAGCAGACUGAGGAGUCAGCCAAGCAGAUCCACUACCUACAGAGUCAGUUGGGGAAGCUAGCGGUAGACAUGGAGGAGCUGAAGGAGCGAAGAGAGAGCAGCGUCAGCAGCACACAGGAGGAGCUGUACUCGACUCAGGAGGAGGUGCUCGUUCUCCACCACGCCAUGGAGGCCGCCACAGCCGAGAGGGAGCGAGACAUCGCCGCCCUGCAGAGGGACCUGGGAGGUGUCACGGCCGAGCUGGAGAAGUGGCGUCAGGCUGCGUCCAAAUACGAACAGGAGAUCAACUCCCUGCAGGCCACCUUCCAACAGCAGAGCCUGCACCAGCAGAGCACUAACGAUCUACAAGGGGAGUUGGAGCGUCUUCAGAAGGGCUGUUCCAGUCUGCAGCAGGAGUGUGACUGUCUCCGUUCUGAGAAGACUACCCUGGUGGACAGACUACACAGACUGGAGACUGACCUGGACAGUUCCAGGGAGCAGACUGCCAGUCUGAACAGAAGUCUUCAGUUACUGGAGAAGUCCCAGGGAGAGAUGCAGAGUAGACUGGGUUCACUGCAGGACCAACACCACCUGGACGCUAACGUACUGCAGACACAGCUGGCCCAGGCUGCGAGCAGGACACAGAGCCUGCAGAGAGAGUAUGAGGACACUCAGAACUUGCUGUGUGAUCUGAGGCAGCGUUAUGAGAGGACGGAGCAGGAGAAGCGCUCCAUCAACGAGGAGCUGGAACAGUGUAAAGUUAACCUCAAACUGCUGCAGGGCAAGAAUCCACCCAUAUUGCAGCCUGUCCAGGCCAUUUUCAUCGGCCUUAUCCUGGCUUUGCUGUAUUGGUGCUUCAGCCAGUUGUGGUAGAAAGACCGGUUGGAGCCCCUGGAUGCCAGUUGUAGCAGUGAUGGUAGCAGUGACUGCUGCAGUGCUUUAUCCCAACUUCUCCAAGAGCACCUCCACCUGAGACCUUACCUGCUACAUGUCCUGUACCACGUGGUCUUCUGGCCUGGCAUCUCUACCUCUGCCCACACCAAUCCCUUGCCCAUUUUGAUUGAUUCAUUAAUCCAUGAAUUAAUCUAUUGAUGAAUUGAUUACCUCUGGUCGAUUCCCCUACAGAAAGUCCCUCUGCUUUAAACUGUACAAAGUAUAACUGUAUAUAUAUAUAUAUAUAGAGAGAGAGAGAUCAAGGGAAGAAGAGAAGUAGUUUUUCUACCGUAGAUAUAGUAGUAUUUCUACUGUAGAUAUAGUAGUAUUUCUACCGUAGAUCUAGUAGUAUUUCUACCGUAGAUCUAGUAGUAUUUCUACCGUAGAUCUAGUAGUAUUUCUACCGUAGAUCUAGUAGUAUUUCUACCGUAGAUCUAGUAGUAUUUCUACCGUAGAUAUAGUAGUAUUUCUACUGUAGAUAUAGUAGUAUUUCUACCGUAGAUCUAGUAGUAUUUCUACCGUAGAUCUAGUAGUAUUUCUACUGUAGAUAUAGUAGUAUUUCUACCGUAGAUCUAGUAGUAUUUCUACUGUAGAUAUAGUAGUAUUUCUACCGUAGAUCUAGUAGUAUUUCUACUGUAGAUAUAGUAGUAUUUCUACCGUAGAUAUAGUAGUAUUUCUACUGUAGAUAUAGUAGUAUUUCUACCGUAGAUCUAGUAGUAUUUCUACCGUAGAUCUAGUAGUAUUUCUACCGUAGAUCUAGUAGUAUUUCUACCGUAGAUCUAGUAGUAUUUCUACCGUAGAUCUAGUAGUAUUUCUACCGUAGAUCUAGUAGUAUUUCUACCGUAGAUCUAGUAGUAUUUCUACCGUAGAUCUAGUAGUAUUUCUACUGUAGAUCUAGUAGUAUUUCUACCGUAGAUCUAGUAGUAUUUCUACCGUAGAUAUAGUAGUAUUUCUACCGUAGAUCUAGUAGUAUUUCUACCGUAGAUCUAGUAGUAUUUCUACUGUAGAUAUAGUAGUAUUUCUACCGUAGAUCUAGUAGUAUUUCUACCGUAGAUCUAGUAGUAUUUCUACCGUAGAUCUAGUAGUAUUUCUACCGUAGAUAUAGUAGUAUUUCUACCGUAGAUCUAGUAGUAUUUCUACCGUAGAUAUAGUAGUAUUUCUACCGUAGAUCUAGUAGUAUUUCUACCGUAGAUCUAGUAGUAUUUCUACCGUAGAUCUAGUAGUAUUUCUACCGUAGAUCUAGUAGUAUUUCUACCGUAGAUCUAGUAUUUAUCAGCAGUUCUUAAUCAGUUUGAUGAUGGGAAUAUUGGUAUUAUUGUUAAAGUGGUUUAGUUUUUCUGAUGGCUACCAAACCUUGAUUUGUUUAUUUUUUGGGGCUCCAGGAUGUUUUAGCUGAGUUGACUUCCUGUGUGAUUGGGUGUUCAUGUUCUAUUACAUAACAGGGUUUAUUAUUAAAGCCUAAUCAUCAAUCUGAUUAUUCUGAGGUUACGUCCCUAAUUACACCCAAUUCCCUGUAUAGUGCCCUCGGCCCUGGUCAAAAGUAGUGCACUAUAUAGGGAAUAGGGUGCCAUUUGGCUGGUGUAAAGUAGUGCACUAUAUAGGGAAUAGGGUGCCAUUUGGCAGGUGUAAAGUAGUGUACUAUAUAGGGAAUAGGGUGCCAUUUGGCAGGUGUAAAGUAGUGUACUAUAUAGGGAAUAGGGUGCCAUUUGGCAGGUGUAAAGUAGUGUACUAUAUAGGGAAUAGGGUGCCAUUUGGCAGGUGUAAAGUAGUGCACUAUAUAGGGAAUAGGGUGCCAUUUGGGAAUCAUCUUUACGUUCAUUGUGCACAAGGGGUUAAGUGCCUGUGGUAAGGAACAGCAGAGUUUGUGAAGACAGUGCCACUCCUACAGAGGCAGGUAUUGAACUAAAACAACCCAGUUAAUCACUUUAAUAACUUUGUUGAUAGAUGAUGACUAUGUUCAGAGUAACUUUUAUUCACCACGUGAUGGUACUGUAUGUCUGUACUACUGUCUUGUCUCAGCUGUGUGUUGUGAACAACUAGGACUAAAUAAUCCGAAUGUUUCAAGAAAACA